UAAUUUUUAUUGUUUCUUUCUAUUUCCUGAAGAAAUCGUUUUAUCUGCUUUUAGAAUCAAAUAGAUCCCCAUAAAAGUCAUUCGGCAGUCCCUAAUUUAGAAAUCGAUUUGAUUUUGAUUUGUAUUUGUAUUUGUUGAUUGAUCCGCCACACACACAGUCUGUGCAUACACACACAAGAAAGGAAUUAAAUCUAGAGAAACUGGUUUGAAUAUACACACAAGGAGGGAAGGAGAGAGAUAGAUAGAUUUGUGUGUGAUGAUGGAAUGAAGACGAAGUUGAAGAAGAAGAGGAAGAGGUUGGAAGAUGGGAAGGGCGGAGUUAGAUUAUAAUUAUUCGAAUAAUGGCAGAGGCGGAAGAGGAGUACCCAAAUGUUGUUCGUAUAAGAGGACCACUGUUAUCAUAUGUUCCAUCAACAUUGUUGUUGCUCUUUACGUUUUUCAGAAUCUUUAUACUUCUCUUUACUCCUACUCAUAUCGAGAUUCACACAGCGUUACCUACACUCCAGAUCAAAUUAGAAAUAUGGAAGAAUCAAUGCGGAUACGAAAGCAAUCUGAACCUAGAAAGCUCAUUGAAACGGUUAAACUAAUCAAACAAAAAGUUGAUAGAAGAGAGGAGGAGGACAUGGUUGAAUUACCACAGCCAUUGAAACAGAAGUUAACUAAUGAGAUCAUAGAACUACUGAGUGGAUUGAAUCAGAAUGGUGGUGCUAACUCAACUUUACAGCAUGAAGCAGUUGAAGGCUGGAGGUUGCAAAAACUAAAGGAAGUCAAAACAAUUACUAGUGGUCAAAGGAAAACCUCAAAGUCAAAUUCAACAAUCCUACCAGAUGAAGCAGGUAUUCUUGCAAGAGUGUUGGAGUUCAAUUGGACUGAGUUAUCACAUGAAAUUGGGCUUUGGAUACCGGUUAAUGUCAUCAACAAUGAACAUAAUGACAAGCCCGAGGGUGAAGAUGAUUUUGAUGAUAGCAUCUUAGCUGGGAGGAGGUUGCCUCCUGAGUGUAAUACAGAGCUUCAUACAGACUAUGGUGGUCAAGCAGUCAAAUGGGGGUUGACUCAUCAGAAAGAAAGUGCAUAUGAAUGUUGUCAGGCUUGUUUAAAUCAGGCUAAAAAUGCAAGACCUGGUGAAAUGAAAUGUAAUAUUUGGGUUUAUUGUCCUGCUGAAGAAGGAUGUCAUUCACCAGAUAUAUACCAACAUAAACUUGAAGAAUGCUGGCUUAAAUAUGCAGAAACGCCGAAAGUGAGCUUUAAGGAUAAAUAUUCAGAAAGUUACAGAAGAAAUCAUCCGAAUGCACCUUUGGUUGUUCCUUGGGAACUGCUCCUCCCCCUUUUUGAAGUUCUGCUGUGUUUCUUGAUCGAUCAAACAGGGAAACGAAUGCUCGUUUUGUUGAAAGCACGGAUUGACAAGAAUGAAAGCGAUAUGAGGGAUUUGGUAAAUGCAUCCCUGUUGGAUAAUCAGAACCGAAUUGAAUUUCAAGAUAACAACAUAUUGAUUUGAAACCGAGUGAUGCUGGUGAGGGCCAAGAGGGAACGAAGGAGGUAGUGAAUAGUGAAAUUGAUGGUUUCAAAUUACAACAAGGUUCAAGUAAGAGAUAGUUUGCAUCCACGUGUUGUAAAUGUUGAGAAAAAAACUUUUGCAUUAUCCAACCAUGCAAUUAGCUAACAAUCCAAUCAUUCAAACUCACUACAACAUUCUGAAUGUGAAAGAAGAUGCAACCCAUGAAGAAAUCCGAUCAAGCUAUCGAUCAGCUCUUCUCACUUCCCAUCCAGAUAAGUUACAAAACACUUCCAUUUCCAACCACCGAGAUCUGGGAUCUCAAUUUCUCCAUAUCCAAACAGCUUGGGAAAUCCUAGGAGAUGUUAAAUCACGGGCAUUAUAUGACCAGGAGCUUCGGGUUUCAAGACAUGAUGAGUUAACUGCAGAUGAGGUUGAGUUAGAGGAUUUGGCAAUGGAAACUAGCGGUGAUGUGGUGGAGCUUUUUUAUCAGUGUAGGUGUGGUGAUUACUUCUCACUUGAUUCUUUGGAGUUGAGAGAGAUGGGAUUUGAAAUAUUGAUAAAAGAAGGUGAGAAGAUAUUAUUACAAGCACAUGAUGGUGCUUCGGUGACAUCAAUCUUGCUACCUUGCACUUCUUGUUCUUUGAAAAUCCGUUUAGUGAUCAAUAAAGAUACUCGGCCUUAAAUUUGUGGCCAUUGAUUCAUGAUUUUGAUUCAGAUAGGAGUCGAUUGUAAUAAACCAUUUUUGAAACCGAGAAGGAGAUUAUUGUUGUGUUAACAUGUGUUGAAGUGAAUAUAGAAUGUAUGUGUACCUUAUAGGUUGUGAUGAAAUGAGUUGGAUUCUGGUGCUUAAUUGCAGCUUGCUAGUCCCCCCGAAUUUGGCCCCAACUGGGGUUUGAUUCAUAGUACUUGUACAUGUUUAUUUAUUUAUUUAUUUUUAUUGAAUGCUUUGUUGAGAAGUUUUGAGACCAUUUUCCCAACAAUUGGUAGUGGAGCUUCAAG